UCCUGCCUGCUUCUCCCAGGCCCUGCCGACGUGGCGGGGCGGGGAAGGGCCAGGGGGCGCUCGGGGGACCAGCUCUGCCGGCUCUAGCGAAAUAAAAAUGUCUGAAGACACAAGUAACACAAUAACACCUGAAGAAAAAACUGAAAUAACCAAGAUGCCUGAUACGGAUUCUUUACUUGAGGAUGCUGCAAUACACCAUGAAACACCUGAAAUUUUGAAUGAAUCUCCACCAAUUGGACUGAAAGAAGAGGCAGACAAAACCAUAAAAGUAGAGAAUGAAGAGGUGGCUGGUAUCCAGCAUCCUAACAAUCCCUUGGCAGAAGACACCAUUGCAAAGGAACCUCCUUCCAAUGGGGGAGUAACAGAAGAUGUACUUGUUGAGUGCAUUGAGUCUGUAAGCCUUGAGCCAGAUCCUGCAUCUGAAGUGUUACUGAGUGAGCAAAGCAACCAGGAUGAGGACCCUUCUUCUCAAGGAAGUGGGUGGACAGGAUGGGGAUCCUGGGGAAAAUCCCUUUUGUCAUCUGCAUCUGCUACAGUUGGUCAUGGUUUAACCGCAGUUAAAGAAAAAGCAGGGGCCACCCUCAGGAUUCAUAAUGCGAAUUCUAGGUCAUCUGAAGGUGAACAAACGGAUACAGAUAAAACAUUCCAAGUAACAGAAGCUGGCACAGAUCAGAGCCCUGGAGAAGGUCCACCCUCUUCCCCAUCAGGAUCCCGAGGAAUGCUGUCAACUAUCACCACCGUUGUUCAUAACACAGGUAAAAGUGUCUUAAGUGGUGGCCUGGAUGCUUUGGAAUUCAUUGGCAAGAAAACUAUGAAUGUCCUUGCAGAAAGUGAUCCAGGUUUUAAGCGGACCAAAAUAUUGAUGGAGCGAACAGUUUCUUUAUCUCAGAUGUUAAGGGAAGCCAAAGAAAAAGAGAAGCAGAGAUUGGCUCAGCAGCUCACAGCAGAAAGAACGGCACACUAUGGGAUGCUUUUUGAUGAAUAUCAAGGCUUGUCACACCUGGAAGCCCUAGAAAUUCUCUCUAAUGAAAGCGAAAUCAAGGUUCAGUCAUUUUUAGCAUCACUUGAUGGAGAGAAACUGGGGAGCUUUAAAAAUGACCUAAUUUCUAUUAAAGAUAUCUUUACGCCAAAGGAAUCAGAGAGUGAAGAGAAUCAAGAGGAGAAAGGUGAAAAGGGAGAAUUUGUUAGCAUGCUAACGGAACUUCUCUUUGAAUUACAUGUUGCAGCGACUCCCGACAAACUCAAUAAGGCUAGAAAAAAGGCUCAUGACUGGGUGGAAGAAGCUCAAACUGUGACAUCAGUUGAUGUGGUAGAACAGCCAGUGGAGAAAACUCCAGAUGAUGAAGAAGAGAAUCCGAAAGUCCCUGAAGAUGAAAAUAAAGAAGAAAAGAAAACCAAGACACUAGAGGAAGUGUACAUGUUAUCGAUCGAAAGUCUUGCUGAAGUAACUGCACGCUGUAUUGAACAACUUCAUAAGGUAGCAGAGCUAAUUCUUCAUGGGCAAGAAGUGGAAAAACCAGCCCAGGACCAAGCAAAAGUCCUUAUAAAAUUAACCAGUGCAAUGUGUAAUGAAGUGGCCUCCUUAUCUAAGAAGUUUUCUGAUUUUUUGACCACCACUGGGAGCAACCAGAAGGCGGAGGUCCUUAACCCAAUGAUCAAUAGUGUUUUGUUAGAGGGCGCCAAUAGUACUACAUACAUCCAGGAUGCUUUCCAGCUGUUGCUUCCUGUUCUGCAGAUUUCACACAUCCAAACCAAUUGUUCAAAAGAAGAGCAGUAACAGCUACCAGAAUCUCUCAACAUGUAAAAGCAAGCCAUGGCCACAUUCUUGUAGUGUUUGUGGCUAAGGGGAUGUCUUAAAAGAAAACUGGCUCCAGAAGGCCCAUCAGAGGACACUACAGCAGUUUUGCACAGACAGUAUUGAAAAUGUAUUUAAAGAUAUUUCUUUUAAUGUAUAUGGUUGUUAGAACAGCUUUUUUUUUGCAAAUAGUAAUAUUUUCUUCAUAUUAAUUUAAACUGAAACAGCAAGUAUAUUCAAAAUAGUGUUGGCUUAACUAUAUUUCCAUUCAUAAAAAUAAUUCCUGUUCUUUAAUUGGUAAAUCACACUGUGUCAAGAGGAGAUCCCAUGAUCUUGAAUUCUUUAAAUCCUGAAUGCAGAUAGUUUCAAAUUUCCCACUCUUCAAGCAUCAAUUUUUUAAAAUUUUUUUACUAAAUUGUGAUGUAGAAAACACAUAUCUUAUGAAAUUUUUAUGUUAGAUAGUAAGGCAAUAUGGUAUAGUGGAAAAGCACCCAAUGUGCUGAAAUGCAGAGGACCUGAAUUCAGGCUCUGCCAAUUGCAUAACCUUGGGUGAGUCGCUUAGUUUCUCCAAAUCUCAGGUUUCUCAUUUGUAAAAAUAAGGUGGUUAGUCUAGAUUAUAGUUUCUUAACCUCUUUUGUGUCAUGGACUCUGC